CCUUCCUUCCUUCCUUCCUUCCAUCACAAAGAACACAAACACAAGGACAUACGUAGGAGAAAUAUUCAAGAAAUUAAGAUGGGGGCUAAAACCAUGAAUAUGAUCCUUGCUAUAGCAGUUGCAGUGUUCAUGCUACAUGGAACAGACGCUGCAGAAUACACAGUAGGAGACGGCCUGGGUUGGACCAUUCCACCGGGUGGCGCCGCCACGUAUGCUGCAUGGGCUGCCGAGCAUAGCUUGGUAGUAAACGACUUUCUAAUCUUUAACUUUGCCGUAGGAGAACAAGACUUGGCUUUGGUGACCAAGGAGGAUUUUGAUGCGUGCAACACCGCGGAACCCUUAAUUGUGUUCAAAGAACCAGGAGAAUUUCAAUUUCUAAAAGAGGGCACGUUCUAUUUGACCUGCACCUUCGCCGGCCAUUGCGCCAAAGGCCAAAAGAUUGCCCUUUACUUCGCUCCCACUGCAUCUCCAAGUCCAGCUCCAAGUCCAAGUCAAAGCGCUGAUGAUGCUGAUGAACAAUAUGCUGCCACAGUCAAAUUUGUGUCCAAGAAAGAAUAUGGCUUCAAGAAAAUAAUACCUGCAGCGAUCAAAUCUCUCUAGAUAUAAUUCUUUGCUAGCUAGCUAGUAUUUGCCCACAGGACCUUAUGAAUAACUA